UCCUAUUGCCAAAUGUUAUCCUUUACUCAGAUGGUGUGGAGCUACUGUUCUAGAGCAGACUCUAUUUUGCUUUCGUAUUGUGAGGAGAGGACUCUGUACUCUUUUAAUUAACUUCAAAUUUAUGCAGUACUGACCGUACCCGUGGCAAAUGGGCCCCACUGGGGUGAUCUCCAGUCAAGGCAUGUCCUGGUGGCUCCCUCUAAAGACUUUUAUUUUCCUGACAAUUCUUCUGAUUGCUCCGGUCACUGAUGGCUUGCCACAAAGAUUGUCGAGAAACUUGGAACAACAAGACAAUGAUUAUUUCUACACCCAUGGGAAAAUCAAAUGCCGAGUAUGUCCUGCAGGUUUCCACGUGGAAGAGCACUGUACUAUCCCAAACACCAACAGUACCUGUGAGCCAUGUGACGAAGACUCCUACAGUGAGGGGCCAACUGGCUUGAUGAAUUGCCACACCUGCACACAUUGCCGGACAGAUCAAGAGGAGGUGUCUGCAUGCACUAAUAAGAAGAACACGGUUUGUCAGUGUAGAAGUGGAACAUACUGUCUACCUGAUAACCCAUGUGAAAUCUGCCACAAAUGUUCUACCAGUUGCCCAGAGGGAGAAGUUGUGAAGCAUCCUUGUAAUGCAACAGCUGACAUCCAAUGCAGUCAACCUUCCAUUAGUAACAGAUUAUGGAGAUGUAUCAAUAUAGUCUCCGCCAUCCUGUUCGUUAGCGUUGGCGUUAUUGCUGGCUACCGGGUUUUAGAAAAACGAUGGAGUAGAACGACACGUAAACUCAGUCGUCUGCUUCCUUGCAAGGGAGGCACAGAUUCCCCAUUCAAUCAACGUUCACUUGUCACAUUGGAUUUCAAUCAAGAUGGGGAUAAAUCUUAUGCCAUGAGCAACUCAUUUUACAUCUUUCAUGAAAAAGUCCCCUUUGAUAACUGGAAGAAUUUCAUGAGGAGAUUGCAUUUAGAAGAAAAUAAGAUUCGAGAAGCAGAAUCCAAAGACCCUGGGAAUGCCAAAGAACAGCACUACAACAUGUUGGACUUUUGGUAUCAGAGCUCAUCGGGUAGUGUGAAUGAUUUACUGAAAGCGCUCUCUGAUCUCAAAAUGCAUCAACAAGCUCUAGACAUCAUAGAUGAACUUUUGAAAGACAAGCUCUUUGUGGUUGCGCAAACUGUAUAACUAUGUAGAUAUUGUAUAUAAUGUAUAUUUGUAAAUAGCAGUGUUUCUAUAAAUUAAUGUUAAAUAUAUUUUUUAAAUACCAAAAAAAAAAAUAAUAAUAAAAAAAAUAAACCG